CUGAUCAGACCCUGGGUCCCCGACCCCUUUGUCAACACGAACAAACGCGACAGGGAGGGGAAAAAAAAUCUUAUACGACCGGGUCAGGGAGAGAGAGGAGAGCAGAGAGGGGAAGGCGAUGGGGGCGGCGAAGAGAAGCGGGGGUGAGAAGGGGCUCCUCUGGAGGCUGCCGGAGGUCACCUCAAGGGAGCUCGGCAAGAUCGGCCCCGCCUUCGGGCUCGGCAUCGGCUGCGGCGCCGGCGCCGGAGUCGGCUUCUUCGGCGGUGCAGGAUUAGGUUAUGGAUUUCCUGGACUCACUUUAGGCUUCGGAGUUGGAGCUGGCUGCGGUAUAGGAUUUGGUUUUGGUUAUGGCUUGGGCAAAGGAAUUGCUCAUGAUGAAAAGAAAAGACAUUCAAACGUUGGUAAAAUGUUCCAGGAAACUCCAAAUCUGCCUAAGGACACCAUUGCCGGUUUAUUUGACGAGUUGGUUGUAAACACCAAAAAGCUUGCCACCGCAACUUCAAAACAGAUUGAAAAAUGGCACUGAGCUGCACCCCCAGAUGGCUGCUGCUAUUUGCUAUCUUAGAUGGUGAUUAGUUGGAUAGAGACUACUGUGUCACAUUAAUAUCCCAUUUUGAACAUUUGUAAGUAGGUUUGUAUUCAAGUAGGGUUCUGACAUUAUGCUAUAGGGCUUGUUUGAAAUUCUCAAAAUGUUGAACAUUGUGGUAGUUAAGAAAGAAAGUUCGAACCGAUGGAUGCUUCUUAUGAUCGUUGUACAUGUCGGGUUAUGUUCUGUUACUGGUUUUGCUCAUCUCAUCUGUUAAAACUUGAGCCUGAUUUGGUGCUGUCAAA